GGGAGAGGCGGGUAAAAAAAAACGGCGAUUUUCAUUACAGAAAUAGAUUUUGUGUUUUUAGUUGUUUCAGCAACAUUGAUCUCUCCUCUUUCACAUAUGAAGAAAUCAGAUCCAGAAAUGAUCGGGAAAAGUAUAAUAAACUCGGUUAAAGCACUCGAGGUGGCAAGAAAAGGCACAGAUAUGACGCAUUUUCAAGCGCGCGAUACGUCAAACCGCGGUGUCGCACGCCAUUGGGCUCGUGCAAGGUGGUAGGCCUAAGCUUUUUCUCUCCAAGGUUAGCUUUGCCGCAUCACAAUGUCCCCGGGAAUUAAUAAUAAUAAUUAAAAAACACCAUUUCUCCGCCAAUGAAAUGAAAUAUCCAAGUGCUUUCAGUGAAUCUUUAAAUCACGUGGUGCGAUUCCGGCCACGCCAUUGGCUGCCAGUGCGCAACACGACUACAGGUCGUCUGCAACUCGUCUGCUCUUCUUGCGACGCACAGCUGUCUCAACGUGUUCCCAGGCUUUCACUCAUUUUGCUGCUCCUCAUUUUGAUGGAUGCUGAGAAGAAACGCGAUUUUCGAUCUCGAAAGUAUCGGACAAAGCACAAGUUCAAAGGAACCCGCCGCAAGGUCAAGCGGCUUGCAACGGAGACGUCCGCGGUAGUGAAGCCUAACCUCGGUGACGACGACGCUUUCGACGGUUCGGAGCCGGCCCGGCGAUCAAGAUUCAUCGAUAGCGUAGACGAAUUCGUCAGCACAUCGGAGAAAAAGCUAAAGAUCUUCGAGAAUGAAGAUAGGAGCGGCGAGGAGAUGGCGAGCACCUUUAUCUGCGAGAUCGGCAUCGUCAACUUACUGGUGAGUCCCGCGGCAUGUCCGGCAUGCGGACGGUGCGAACUCUCCAUCCGCGAGUUACCCGAAAAGCGGAAAGGACUCGCGUCAUGUUUGGAGUUGCGUUGCAACAAUGCUGCGUGUUUCACGUCCAUUGUCUCGUCGACGUAUUCGUCGCGACGUGCAGCUCCGGCAGACGACGCUAACGGCGGAGCGCACCCUUCAGUCAGGCCAAGAGAGAGUUUUGCCGUGAACAUCAAGGCAGUGGUUGCGGCGCGUGCAAUCGGAGCUGGACACAAUCAACUUGUCAGAUUUUGUGCCGUUCUUGGUUUGCCAAAACCGAUGCACCAUAAGUCGUUCACCGCCAUAACAAAAAAAGUACACCUCGCUGCUACGAAAGCAGUGGCUGAAAACCUGAAGUUGGCUCGGAAAGUAACAGCACAGGAAGCGGGAUCUGCCAAUGUAGCUGUUAUGUUUGAUGGCACUUGGCAGAAACGAGGCCACAAGAGCCAUAAUGGCAUAGGCACAGCCAUUUCUGUGGAAACGGGGCUUUGCCUAGACUUUGAAGUUUUGUCCAACUACUGCCAGAGUUGCAGUACACGCAAGCCAUUUGAAAGCGAAGAGGAGGAAGAAAUAUGGCAAGCUUUUCAUAUGCCAGUGUGCGAAAAAAAUGUAGAUUGCUCAGCACACGCCAUGGAGACUAAUGCUGCUGAGAGAAUAUGGAAGAGGACCGAGUCCUACAGUACUCCGCUGAGGUUUACAACCUUUCUCAGCGAUGGUGACAGCAAGGCUUAUACAGCUGUGUCAGCAGCAAACGUGUAUGGAAGUGUGCCCAUCACAAAAGAAGACUGCACCAACCACGUAGCCAAGCGGCUUGGGACUGCCCUGCGGAAACUCAAAAUGCCGCAAGGGGAGAAGCUUACAGAUGCAGUAAUUCUGAAGCUGCGGAGCUACUUUCAAGUAGCCAUCACUGCCAACAGAGGAAGUGUACAUGGAAUGUAUUGUGCAAUCUGGGCAUCAUUUUUCCAUUCAUGCUCAACAGAUACAGCCCAGAACCAUAAGUUUUGUCCGGAUGGAAAGGACUCCUGGUGCAAGUUCAAGCGGGCAGAAGCUUUGGGUCAGGCAGCCCCAGCACACACCCCUAUUCUCACAAGCAGCCAGGCCAAGACAAUGCUGCCCACAUACAAAAGGCUGACGGAGAAACAGCUACUCACUCGCUGCGCCAAGGGGAAAACUCAAAAUGGAGCCGAAUCAUUGAACAGUAAGAUUUGGCUGUUGUGCCCCAAGACGAGGUUUGCCUCGCGCACAGUCGUGGAGAUGGCAACAGCACUCGCUGUCCUGUGGUUUAACCAAGGUCACAAAUGCUACGAACAAGUUCUGCAGGAACUAGGAGUGCUUCCCUCAAAGGAACUCGUUGCGCUGAGCAAAGACUGUGACAAGAGAAGGAUUUCGAACAUGUCGACGAAGCAGACAGCAGAGGCAAGGUUUCGCCGUCGCCGUCUAGCCAAGGAGGCUCGUCUGGAGCACGCUGCUCACAAAGACUCUGAGCGAACAACAUACGGUGCGGGUGAAUUCUAAUGUACUGGAUUGAAUCUCGAUACCCUGGCCUACAUUGUGUGCAAUGUUCAU